AGUCUAUUUGUUUUCCUCCUGUCUUUGCGUGGAGAGUGCUCUGUUUGUUUUGUUUUUUCCCCCUCUGUCUCACAGUUCCAGUUUUGAGAGGCCAGGUUUCAGUGCUCACGGUGCCUACCUGGACUGGGGAAGUUGUGUGUGACGGUGUGUGGCUGGGAAGACAUGCCGAAGGUGGAACCAGUUUGUCUGCUUUGGGGAGAGUAUGCUUUCGCUGACAGAGGCACGGUGUAGGCAGUCCUACAGGAGUAAACGGUAACAUUGUGUCGCAGCUCUCUCACAUUGGCGGUUAAACUCUUCAAUGGCUGACUAACAAGAACAAACACAGUCAAAAUAGCCCAAAUGGAGCCUAAGCCUGGUCACCGUAGGGGAAGGAGCCUCUCUGAGGGGCUGAUGCUGGAGGAAUCAGAAAAGGGAGGAUUGGUCGUCUCCAGCGUUAUCGGUGGCUCCUCUGGCAAUCAGGGUCUCAAAGAAGGAGAUGAAAUUGUGGGUGCCACAAUCAACUUUGACCAACUGUCGAAAGACGAUGUGUUGAAAAUACUGAAGCUGAUGGAUGAUAAUGGAUUUGAUGAGAAGGUUCAAGUUCUGACAAAAAAUAAUUUGAGCAAGAGUAUGGGGACCUUGGACAGCAUCAAAGCACCAGAGGAGAUGCUGAAGGAUUCAUAUAAUAGACUCUACAAUGCCAAAAUAAAUAGGUUCAUGAAGGAUGACUGCCCUGGACAACCUGCAGGUGCUGGGGAAAGAGGCUCCCAUAAUGGACAGGUGAAGGGCAAGGGACCGAGACCUCUCUGGGGCAAACCUAAAGUUAAAGGUGACCUCAAACCCCCUGUCCUCACCAUGGAUUACCCAGUUGUGGAGACACACAAAGUAGAUGCUCCUACCUACCUAGAGUCUCCAGACCUCAAAUUCUCUGCUCCAAAGUUAAAGGUUCCUAAACUUGAUGUCAAAGGAGCGGUACCUGAUGCUCGCGGUGGAGAACUUUCAUUGCCUAAUGCCAACAUUAGUACAUCAGAUCUCUCCCUGCCUCAUUUGAAUGGGUCACUAAACAUUGAUGCUCCAUCAGUUAACCUGGAAAGGCCAUAUCUUGAAACUGAUAUAGAUGCUAUCGAUGCUCCAGAAUUUGAUAUGUCUUUGCCCAAAGAUGACCUCAAAGGCCCUGAUCUUGACCUGAAAGUUAUAGAUCCACUUCCCAAAGUUAGAGGAGAUAUCAAUGUCCCGGAAGCAGAGCUCAAUCUACCAGAGGGGGUUGUCACUGGACCUACUUUAAAUAUCAAUGCCCCAAAGCUUGAUAAUGAAAGAACAGGCAAAAUGUUCAAAAUGCCCAAAUUUAAGAUGCCUGACUUGGGUCUCUCUGGACCCAGCGUAAAUGUACCCAGCCUUGAGGUUGGUACACCAAAUAUGAGGAUCCCAGAUAAAGAUAUGCCAGGAGUUAAUCUUAAAGGUCCCCAACUAGACCUACAAGCACCAGAUGUUAAUCUCAAAGGUUCUAAUCUAGACCUGCAAGCCCCAGAUGUCAGCAUGAUGAAUAUGCCUUCAAGUAAAAUCAGAGUCCGGUCCUCCAAGAAACUGAAAAACCCAAACCUUGAUGUGGAUGAUCCCUCUGGUUAUUUUGAAUUGCCUAAGGUUAGGCUCUCUCGCAGAGUACCAAAAGGGCCAGAUUUAGACAUUGAUUCCGUUUUAAAGACCAAAGACAUGCAUCUUAAAACCUCUUUGAUUGGUGCUCCUGACCUGAAUGUCCCUGAUGUAGAUUUACCUUCAGUAGACAUUAAAAGUUCCAAAAUAGAUCUAGAGUUGCCAGAUGCAAACAUUGGUAUCCCAUCUGGGAAGAUCAAAACACCAAGUCUUGGUAUGCCUGACUUUGAUAUAUCUGGACCAAGAGUUAGGACUCCAGACCUGGACCCCUCAACGGAUGAGAUGUGUCUAUCAGACGUCUGUUUGCCUGACCUCAGUACUCCAGAUAUCGGCAUAACCUCAGGUAAAUUCAAACUAACGAAACCACAUGCAGAACUCAAAGCUCCUGAUUUCAAUGUGGAUGCCCCCUCUGGUAAACUGAAGAUGCCCAAAUUUGGCUUCUCUGGCCAAAAAAGACCAGAUCUGGGCAUUGAUGCUGAUGUAAAAACACCCAAGCUAAGUCUCAAAGCUCCCAAGAUAAAAGGUGGACUUGAUGCACCUGACUUGGACUUACCCAAAGUCGACCUGAAAUCACCGAAAUUAGAUGCAAACACUCCAGAUAUUGACAUCGAUGCACCUUCAGGAAAAUUCAAAGUGCCAACUUUUAAGAUGCCUAAAUGUACCCUUUCGGGCCCUAGAGGGCCAGAGGUCGGCAUUGAUGGAGAGUUGGAUGGACCAGACCUGAGCUUAUCAUCUUCCAAAUUAAAACAGCCAGAUGUGGAUGUUGGUAGUCCAUCUGGAAAAUUCAAGAUGCCAAUAUUUAAAAUGCCAGACUUUGGCUUCUCAGGCCCAGAUGUUCAAGGGCCUAACUUUGAGGUAAAGAAUCCAAACUUGGAUCUUUCAGCCCCCAAGUUUAAAGGGGGAAUUAGUCACCCAGAUUUGGAUCUGACAGAUGUAGACCUCAAAUGCCCCAAAUUAGACCUCAAUGCACCAGAUGUAAACUUUAAUAUGCCCUCAGGUAAAGUCAAAGUACCUACAUUGAAGAAACCAAAGGUUGAUCUGAAUGCUCCUAAUCUGGACGGCCCCUCUGGUAACCUGAAAAUGCCCAAAUUUGGGCUGUCUGGUAAAAUGCCAAAAUCUCCCAAAUUGAAUCUCAAAGCUCCAAAGAUGAAGGGGGGAAUUCAUUUUCCAGACGCUGACCUCAAAGCCGCUAAACUAGAUAUGACUGCUCCAGAUCUUGACAUCAAUGCACCCUCAGGGAAAUUCAAAAUGCCUAAAUUCAGAGGCCUGAAAGGACCAAAUGUUGACAUUAAUGGCGCUAUAGAGGGACCAGAUCUGAACUUGUCAUCUCCCAAACUCAAGGGUCCCAAAGCAGACCUCAACAUUCCAGAUGCUGAUAUUGACAGUCCAUCGGGAAAAUUCAAAAUGCCAACUUUCAAGAUGCCAGAUUUAGGUUUAUCUGGACCAAAAGUUAAGGGGCCCGACUUAGAUCUUUCAGCCCCCCAGUUUAAAGGGGGAAUUCGUCACCCAGAUUUGGAUCUGCCAGAUGUUGACCUCAAAGGCCCCAAACUAGACCUCAAUGCACCAGAUGUAAACUUUAAUAUGCCCUCAGGUAAAGUCAAAGUACCUACAUUGAAGAAACCAAAGGUUGAUCUUAAUGCUCCUGAUCUGGGCAUUGAUGGCCCCUCUGGUCACCUGAAAAUGCCCAAAUUUGGGCUGUCUGGUAAAAUGCCAAAAUCUCCCAAAUUGAAUCUCAAAGCUUCAAAGAUGAAGGGGGGAAUUGAUUUUCCAGACCUGAAUUUACCAGAUGCUGACCUCAAAGCCGCUAAACUAGACAUGACUGCUCCAGAUCUUGACAUCAAUGCACCCUCAGGGAAAUUCAAAAUGCCUAAAUUCAGAGGCCUGAAGGGACCAAAUGUUGACAUUAAUGGCACUAUAGAGGGACCAGAUAUGAACUUGUCAUCUCCCAAACUCAAGGGUCCCAAAGCAGACCUCAACAUUCCAGAUGCUGAUAUUGACAGUCCAUCAGGAAAAUUCAAAAUGCCAACUUUCAAGAUGCCAGAUUUAGGUUUAUCUGGACCAAAAGUUAAGGGGCCCGACUUAGAUCUUUCAGCCCCCAAGUUUAAAGGGGGAAUUAGUCACCCAGAUUUGGAUCUGCCAGAUGUUGACCUCAAAGGCCCCAAAUUAGACCUCAAUGCACCAGAUGUAAACUUUAAUAUGCCUUCCGGUAAAGUCAAAGUACCUACAUUGAAGAAACCAAAGGUUGAUCUGAAUGCUCCUGAUCUGGACAUUGAUGGCCCCUCUGGUAAACUGAAAAUGCCCAAAUUUGGGCUGUCUGGUAAAAUGCCAAAAUCCACAAAACUUAAUCUCAAAGCCCCAAAGCUAAAGGGGGGAAUUGAUUCCCCAGACUUGAAUUUACCAGAUGCUGACCUCAAAGCCCCUAAACUAGAUGUGAAUAGCCCAGAUCUUUACAUAAAUGCACCCUCUGGGAAAUUCAAAAUGCCCAAAUUUAAAAUGCCUAAAUUCAGGGGCCUAAAGAGACCAGAUGUUGACAUUGAUGGAGACUUAGACGGCCCAGAAAAAGAUAUCAAUGCCCCCACAGCUAACCUCAAAGGACCCAAAACAGGUCUAAAAAUGCCUGAUUUGAAGAUGCCUGAUUUCGGGCUAUCUGGGCACAAUCUAGAUGCACCUGAUUAUGACUUACCUGAUAUUGAUCUCUCAGCCCCAAAGCUAAAAGGGGGAAUCAGCCCCCCAGAUUUGAGACUACCUAAGGAUCAUCUCAGAGGGCCCAAACUAGACCUCAAUGUUCCAGAUAUGCCCUCAGGUAGAUUCAGAGUUCCAACCAUAGAGAGGCAAAAUGGUAGCAUCAAAACCCCUGGUUUUGACAUCAGCACUCCUACAUUCAAAAUGCCCGAAAUGCCUAAAUUUAUGUUGUCUAGACCAAAAAGACCAGAUCAAGACAUAAGUGCUGACAUAGGUUUGAAAUUGUCAAAGAUGAAAGGUGGGAUUGGUUCACCGGACCUGGACCUACCUACAGUUGACCUAGAAGCCCCUAAGAUAGAUGUAGACACUCCAGAUAUGAACAUUGAGUCCCCCUCUGGGAAUUUCAAAAUGCCCCACCACAAAAUGCCUAAAUUCAGCCUUUCUGGUCUGAAUGGUCCAGAUGCUGGAAUAGAUGGAGACAUUGAUGGACCGGACCUGAGCUUGUCAGCCCCGAAAGUAAACACAGGGAUCGGUAGUCCAGAUUUAGACAUAAAUGUUCCCUCUGGAAAUCUCAACGGCCCCCAAGCUGAUCUCAAUUUGCCAGACAGUGACAUUGCUAUACAAUCUCAAAAAUUCAAACUGCAAUCCUUUAAAUUGCCUCAGUUUGGAAGUCCCAACCUAAGGGCAGGUACAGAUAUGGACUUUAUGAAAACACAUGACAUUUCUCCUCCAAAGGCUAAAGUGGAUCUAAAAGCACCAGACUUGAAAGUUAGUCACCCAGAUGUCAGCCUGAGCUUACCCAAAGCUGAUAUCAGAGGCCCAGAAUACAAAGUGUCAUCUCAUAGUAAACGCAGAUCUGAUAUCCCAGGUGGAGCGCAUUUAAAAUUGCAAGCGAUGGACAUAGAUACCGAAGAGACACUGCCACACACUGAUAGGAAGUCUAGGAAGGUCAAAGGAAGGACCAGUUAUCCCAUUGCAGAUAUUGACUUGCCAAAAGUUGAGUACAAAGCAUCUGGUUUGGAGCUGCGAGGUUCAGACCUUAACGAUCCCACAGGGAAAUUAAACAUUCCCAAAUCUAAGACUAAAUUGGGUAGUCAUACAAGAAUACCAGACCUUGACGUAGACUCAAGUCUUGCCAGUAUUAAUGCCUCAGUCCCUAAACUCCCACAGCCAGGGUAUGGAGUAGAGGUUUCACAGACAGAUUUAAAUUUGAGUAGAACUGACCUCAAGGGCAAUAAACAUCAUAGAAAAGCCCCAGCUGGUGAAACUGGCAGAACAAAAAGGAGAAGUCCAAAACAGUCUGAAAUUGUCAUGUCUAUGCCAAAUUGUACUCAUGGUUCAAACCCCAAAAUGUCUGAAGAUCAAGAAGGAUAUUUUGUCACUGCGUUUCCCAAACAUGUCAAAGGGGAUGUACCAGACGGAAAUGGGAGCCUGAAAAAUCGGCACAAGGAAGAGUCAAACCAUCGAUCUCAAACACUCAGAAGUCUCGAUUUCAGUGCAUCAAAUGUGGACCUUGAAGUUCCAGAAGAUGAGAACUUAAAAGGGUCAACAUUCUGGCUUUCAAAGCUUAUAUAGCAUUCAGACAACUGACUAAAUGUAAUUUUAGGCUUGUUUGAAUCACAAUCUUCUGUUGAAACAUAAUGCAAAAAACGUCUGUUACGUAUAAAACAAGCAUCAGAUUAUUUUCACAUAUUUGUACUUUUUUUAAUGUAAAUUGUUUGGCAUUUGUUAUGAACAUGUUGAGAAUGAAUGUGUAAAGCUUUCCUUUGUCAAGUGAUUUAAAAAAUGUAUGAAAGGUUUAUGUUCUGCUGAUAAGCUAUUUGAAUGGUAUUUUUACUCUACACUUGCUACAUUGUAAUAAAAUAAAAUGGAUUUAGUAACUUUU